AUGUGUCAUUUCAAGUGCAGUGGAUUGUCCGGUUUAGUUGCUGAAGCUGUCUGUAAAACUAAAGGUUUACACUGGUGCUGCAAUGCCUGUCAGAAAAUUGGUGUUGAAUAUUAUCGCUUUUUUCAAGGCACUAAAAAUACGUUUUUAAAUAUUCAAAAUAAGUUAUCUGCAUUAUCUAAUGAAGUAUCUGCCUAUGGAAACCUAUUUGAGGAAUUUAAACAAUUGAAUUGUCUUAAUUCCCCACCACAAUCUUCGCCUAAACGCCGUAAAUCGUCUAGAAACAAAAACAAAUUUUCCCAGAGUCCUGGUCCUACUUCCAAUGUUGAUGAUUCCGACUCAAUCACACCAAUUACAUCAAUAACUUUUUCCAAUAACUGUGCUACUGCUCCGAAACCUAUUAGUGAUUCGGUAAAUCAAUCACAAACUCCCAUCAAAGUAAAGGAUGGUAUUGUUUCUGAUACUGCUCCAACUGUAAGUCAAAUAUCAAACGUUGGUUUAAAAAUUAUUCCGCCGAAUAAAUCAAUUUUUAUAUCUCGUUUCGCAUCCGAUACUACUGUUGAACAAAUAAACUCUUAUAUUAAAUCGAAAUUGAACUCUGAAGUAGAUUUUACGACACAUAAAUUUUCUUAUUCGCAACCUAGGAGGAUUACAUCUUUUAAAAUUAAUGUUCCUUGCGAUGAACAAAUAGUUAAUCCUGAAUUCUGGCCUGAGAAUACUUUAGUUCGUGAAUAUGAAUUUAAAGAAUAUCCAAGAAAACAACACGUUGCUAUACUUCCGUCUGGUCAUCAAUUAAAUAAUAAUUUAAACUCCAACAACACUUCAAAAAACUAA